UGGGUACGAAAGUGUCGGUGACAUUGAAUGGGGAGGCCGGGCGCGAGCGGGACGCGCGCGCGCACACAGGCGGCCACGCUCGCGCCGAGAUCCCCGGCCACGUAAGUAACUAUUAAUACCGCCUGGCCGGGAGGUGCGGGCGUGCUGAGCGGGGGCUGGCCUCGGCGCCGUCGGCCAUCCCCUUUCAUCCUUAAAUACACUGCCCUCGCCUGCCGCUGCGGGGCAAGGGAAGAUAACAGAAGAAAAGGAAAAGCCUUAGUUUUCUCCAAAACAAACGCUGCAGGGCACUUUGGGUCCCUAUUCUGGACAAGGAGACGGAGUGCUCGCCAAUUGUUCCGAGGCGAGACCUGCUUCUCUGGCUGCCGGGUCACGCCGCGGGUGGGCCGAGCCAGGGGGCGCAUCCCCUCCGAGCGCCCCGGAAGCUCGCGCCGGGAAAGCCGGAGCCCGCCGCGCCGCCCCGGGCCCUGCGCGCUCUCCCAGCUCGGCUCGCACCAAGACCCGGAGCGCGGGCGCGCGGCUGCAGCAUGCGCCUGUGCUGAGCUCGGCGCGGCGGGCCAGCCCCGGCGGGGUCGCGGAAUCCGCACCCGACCCGCGCCACCACUGUGCCCCGCGCUGGCGAUCUUUUUCUUCUUGCUGUUGUUGACCGAGCUGCUGGCCGCUCCAAGUUAAAUGCUCCCUUGCUAUUCUCUUUUUGUGCUUGCUUAAUUUUUUUUUUUUUUUUUUUUUGAGAGCUCUUGCGAUUUUGAGAAAGCCUCAGACGCCAUCUACAGUUGAAACGUAGGUAACUGCCCUCUUCGGCAACCCCCUCCCUUCCACGCCCCCCACCCUUUCCACCAAAAAAGGGGGUGCAGCGCGGAUUCUGGCUGCCGUGCGUCGCGAGCCGGCAGACCCGAGCCGAUUUCCUCCUGCCUUUUUGUUUGGUUUGCAACGCGUGGAGUCCGCGCCGCCGCCGUGCGCUCCCCCUGGACUAGACGAAGCCAACGCCGGGCUCUUCCGCCCCGUCUGCGAUCCCGAAGGCUGCCCGGGCGCCGCUUCGGGAAACCCGGCGCUGCAGCCUCCGCCUCCGCGGCCCGGCGGCUCCUCCUGCCCGGCGCUGGGGAGAGGGAGAGCGAGCGAGCCGCUGCGCGUUCCUGGCGGCUCCGGGUAACAAAAGGACCCGGGCUGCUUGCGCAGCGAGUGCCUCCGGGACCGGGCUCGGAGCAGACCAGGUGCCCUGAGGCGCCCGGCUGCGGAUUCCUGGCUCUUUUUCGAAGCAGCCCUACGUCCCGUUCUACUGGUAACCCGCGACACCGAGGCGCCCGCAGCCGCGCUCGCCCGCUCGCGACUCGUUCCUCCGGCGGGUCUUUUUGUUUGCGGUGCGCGAUCCCCACACUCAUGAACAUACACAGGUCCACCCCUAUCACAAUAGCGAGAUAUGGGAGAUCGCGGAACAAAACCCAGGAUUUCGAAGAGUUGUCCUCUGUAAGGUCCGCGGAGCCCAGCCAGAGUUUCAGCCCGAACCUCGGCUCCCCGAGCCCGCCUGAGACUCCGAACUUGUCGCAUUGCGUUUCUUGCAUCGGGAAAUACUUAUUGUUGGAGCCUUUGGAGGGAGACCACGUUUUCCGUGCGGUGCAUCUGCACAGCGGAGAGGAGCUGGUGUGCAAGGUCUUUGAGAUCAGCUGCUACCAGGAGUCCCUGGCCCCGUGCUUUUGCCUGUCCGCCCACAGCAACAUCAACCAGAUCACCGAAAUCCUUCUGGGCGAGACCAAAGCCUACGUAUUCUUUGAGCGAAGCUAUGGGGACAUGCACUCCUUCGUCCGCACCUGCAAGAAGCUGAGGGAGGAGGAGGCAGCCAGACUGUUCUACCAGAUCGCCUCUGCCGUGGCCCACUGCCACGACGGGGGGCUGGUGCUGCGUGACCUCAAGCUGCGGAAAUUCAUCUUUAAGGAUGAGGAGAGGACUCGUGUCAAGCUGGAAAGCCUGGAAGAUGCCUACAUCCUGCGGGGGGAUGACGAUUCACUCUCCGACAAGCAUGGCUGCCCAGCCUACGUCAGCCCCGAGAUCUUGAACACCAGCGGCAGCUACUCGGGCAAGGCCGCCGAUGUGUGGAGCCUGGGUGUCAUGCUGUACACCAUGUUGGUGGGGCGCUACCCCUUCCAUGACAUUGAGCCCAGUUCCCUCUUCAGCAAGAUCCGGCGUGGCCAGUUCAACAUUCCAGAGACUCUGUCACCCAAGGCCAAGUGCCUCAUCCGAAGCAUCUUGCGGAGGGAGCCCUCGGAGCGGCUGACCUCGCAGGAGAUUCUGGACCACCCUUGGUUUUCUACAGAUUUUAGCGUCUCCAGUUCAGGAUAUGGUGCUAAGGAGGUGUCUGACCAGCUGGUGCCGGAUGUCAACAUGGAGGAGAACUUGGACCCUUUCUUUAACUGAACUUAAGCCCCGCCCCACAGGGACUUAGCAGGUGCCCGGAGUGAGAGAGGGCGGCUGAAGGUUCUGCCAGGGGCCACGUCGCAGUCACCUGGCUGGGUGGCAGGAAAGAUGCUCACACUCACAGGUUUCUUGGUUCCAAGAAGGAGGCCCUUCCGGGAGCUGAGGGGACAUAUAGCAUGGGGCUUGGAAAUGGGGGCUGGGGCUUGGGUCAGAUGGGCAGGAGCCCCCCCAACCCCCAAGUUUUCUUGUCCCUCACCAGAGCCUGGGAGAUCACCCCACUUUGCCAGAUGGGCCACUUCCGCCAACUCCACUUCUCAUUUUGUUCAGAACUAGUUGCAGAUAUGGAUAGAUUCAAAACUCUGCCUCAAAUACACAUCUUGGCAUCGCACUGUUAGUAUUUCACUUCUUCUUAUGAUUCAGGGAAGUCACCAUUGGCGGAGGAAAAAAAAUUUUUCUUUUUUUAAACAAUCAGCCACCUAUUUGAUAAUUCACGGGGGAUCACUUAGAAACACGCGGUGCACACAGACGGACACCAUUCCUGGGUGCUAAACUCAAAGAAAACAGAAGUCCGGCUUGUGUCUCUUCAUCACUCUCCUUAACUCAUUUCUUUGAAAGAGACUAGGUAGUAUCCUGGUUAGGAAAUGGCAUGAGAAUGGCUCCCUGAAGGCAUCUGUCCUGUGCUGUCUGCGGGCAGCUCGCCUUUCUGCCGUCAGAGUUUAAAGGGGAACCAGAAAGCGGAC